UUAUAGAUUUUGGUCAAAACAAUUCUUAAUUUUUUUAUUUAUACAAGAAAUUUGAAAAACAAUUGGUUAAUUAAAACCUGAUCCAAGUAUUUUUGUUGAUAAUGACAUGGCCCCAGAGACGGAACACACACACAACGGUCAAGUGAAUACUUCCCGUUACCCCGUAUAAUACGCUCCAAUCAAUACGUACACUCACGUGGCCACGUGUGCCUAUCACCCACGCCUUUCUAAACCAGAAAACACCCAAGGGCAUAACCGUCAUUCCCCACUCUCUCCGUGUCUCUCUCUUCCCGGUGGCGCAAACAAAUAUAACGUUGACACUCUCCACCGUUCCCCACCGCCCCCCCUUCACACUGUCACUGUGUGUUCUGCGUGUUUUGUGUCUGCGUAUGUAGAUAUUUACAGUAUACAUACAUAGAGAGAGAGAGAGCUGCUGUAAGAAGUUGAGGAGCAAUGCGGUUUUUGGUUGUUUUGAAAUUGUUUUACUGAGAUCGCGUGUGCAGAGGCGGCGGAGAUAAACAAUGCAGUUGGAGUGCUUGGGAAAUUUAGUUCUAUUGCAAGAUCAACUACCCUGUUCUUUUUUAGCCUAACUGUCUCGCCUUUUUGGGUAGCAAAGAAAGGUGUGAUAAAAAAAAUGGGGGCGAUUGGUGCUGAAGAGUUGCUGAAUUGGGAGAAGCUGCAAGGUAUAGGGAGUGGAAAGGAAGAAAAGAUUUUGGUGUUGGUUAGGUUAAGGCCUUUGAGUGAGAAGGAGAUUGCACGGAGUGAAGUUGCGGAUUGGGAAUGCAUCAAUCCCACCACCAUUUUGUACCGUAAUAGCCUUCAGGAGCGGUCUGGACUUCCCACAGCUUACUCGUUUGACAGAGUAUUUAGGGGUGACUGCACGACUAGAGAAAUUUAUGACGAAGGCACAAAGGACAUUGCUCUAUCAGUUGUUGGUGGAAUAAACUCAACAAUUUUUGCAUAUGGCCAAACAAGCAGUGGAAAGACAUAUACUAUGAAUGGAAUCACCGAGUAUGCGGUGGCUGAUAUUUAUGAUUACAUACUAAGGCAUGAAGAAAGAGCAUUUGCUUUAAAGUUUUCAGCUAUGGAGAUUUAUAAUGAAGUUGUUAGAGACCUCCUUAGCACGGAUAACACUCCCCUGAGGCUCAUGGAUGAUCCAGAAAAGGGGACUAUCAUAGAGAAACUUACAGAAGAAACAUUGAGGGAUCGGAAUCACCUCAAGGAGCUGUUAUCCAUCUGUGCAGCACAAAGACAAAUUGGAGAGACCUUAUUGAAUGAAACAAGUUCUAGAUCUCACCAGAUUCUUAGAUUGACAAUUGAAAGCUCUGCUCGCGAGUUUUUAGGGAAGGGCAACUCAACUACCCUUGCUGCUAGCGUGAACUUUGUUGAUUUAGCUGGAAGUGAGCGGGCGUCUCAAGCUUUAUCAGUUGGACAAAGACUGAAAGAAGGCUGCCAUAUAAACCGUAGUUUACUGACUCUGGGGACUGUCAUUCGCAAGCUAAGUAAAGGACGACAGGGCCACGUCAAUUACAGAGACUCAAAGCUAACACGUAUACUGCAGCCUGCCUUGGGAGGAAAUGCAAGAACUGCUAUCAUUUGCAACUUGAAUCCUACCAGAAGCCAUGUUGACCAAUCAAGGAAUACACUUCUAUUUGCUAGUUGUGCAAAGGAAGUAUCAACGAAUGCGCAAGUCAAUGUAGUGCUGUCUGAUAAGGCUUUAGUGAAACAUCUGCAGAAAGAGGUAGCUAGGUUGGAGAUUGAGUUAAGAACUCCAGGAUCUAUGUGCAAUCAUGCAGAAUUGUUGAGAAAGAAAGAUAUGCAGAUUGAAAAGUUGGAGAAAGAGGUUAGGGAGCUGAAGAAGCAACAGGACAUUUCUCGUUCUCGAAUUGAGGAUUUAAUAAGAGCCGCCGAAAUCAACAAGAGUUCACAAAAACCCAGUGGAAUUCUACCUCUUGAUGGAGAAAUUAGUUGUAAUGAAACAUCAGACUCAUUGCUUUCAGAGAACAGUGAGGAUCAUUAUUCAUCGGACGCUACAUCUAAUCCAAGUGAAGGUAUACAGGGAACUGAUGACAACUGUAAAGAAGUUCGAUGCAUCGAGAUGGAUGAAUCUAGCCAAGACAGAACAUAUGAAUCAUUUGUCGUCUCAACUAACAACGAUGGAGAAACGACACAAACAUUAACGGAGCAUGAAAAUGGUCACACUAUGGAACAAGAAAUGUUACUUCCUUCACCUGGACAAGUAAGUGGCACUGAAAAUGUUUACUCAAAUGAGCAAAAAGUUCGAUCAACUAGUAUUACAGAUUCGAAGAGCUUGAGAUUGACAAAAAGUCAAAGUUGUAGAGCUAAUUUAAGGACUUGCUCCCCUGAUAUUGAAACGGCUGAACAAAGUGAAAGCACACCCCCUUCUGUGUUGGAGAAUCACUUCAUUAGGAAGCAGUGGAAACUUCCUCCAGUGAUGUAUGGUUUAGAUAAUACGAGACUAAGUAUUAACGAUUCUCAAUACUCUGAUUGUAGCAGUCUCAUAGAUGAAAUGAAAAAUCAGAACUUCAUUAACGGGGAUGAGGAUAUCCCUACUCUCGGUUCUUUUGUCGCUGGACUUAGAGAGAUGGCAAAGCUUCAAUAUGAAAACCAAGCUGUGAAUCAGGUUCAGGAUACAGGAAAGAGAGAAAGUGAUGGCAGAGAUGUUGAUAUGGAGCAAAGCAAUGAUUGGCCGCUGAAGUUUGAGAAGCUGCAGAAAUCGAUAAUUGAACUAUGGGAAGCUUGUAAUGUUUCGUUAAUACACAGGACUUACUUUAUCCUCCUUAUUAAAGAGGACUUCACAGACUCCAUUUACAUGGAGUUAGAGCAUAGGAGACUAUCCUUCCUAAACGAAACAUUUUCCAAGGGCAAUUCAGCCUUACAAGACGGCCGAGCGCUCACUCUGGCAUCAAGCAAGAAAGCUCUUCGUCGUGAAAGGGAGAUGCUUAGCAGGCUUAUGUAUAAAAGACACACAGAAGACGAAAGAAAUAGAAUUUACGAAGAGUGGGGCAUCAGUCUGAAUUCGAAGAAGAGGAGGUUGCAGUUAGUCCAUCUUUUAUGGAGCGACACUGAAAAUACGGACCAUGUCUCAAAAAGUGCUGCCAUUGUUGCAAAGCUUAUCGGUUUCUCAGAGCAUGGGCAGGCCAUUAAGGAGAUGUUUGGGCUUAGCUUCACACCUCCUCGUAUUGUCCGAAGAUCCUUUACUUGGAAAAACAGUAUGUCGUCUCUUUUGUGAAGUGGUAGCGCAGUCGAUAAGGUAAACAAACAGAGCUUAUAAAUGGGAUUUAGAUUAAUUAAACUUUUGAGUUUUCUUAAUUAUGAUUUGACAACCACUUGUGGUAGAGUUGGAGCUAUUGGAAGUAGUUUUGGUUUUCGAGUGUGAUGUGAUAUUCGCAUAUUGUAUUAAGUUAGUACAGUUGUGAUUAAUUCCGACUAAGUUGCAUUAGUAUUGUUUUAUUCGAAUGAAGUGGUUCAUCGAAUGAUUUGUUAAACGAGAAUUCUUUUUAUUCGAGCUCGACCGUGGUGUCUGUUUGUUUGGUCG